AUGGCUCGAGACCUGGAUUUCCCCGUCAUCAUUAUUGGAGGUGGAGGAUGUGGUUUGUCCAUGUCGUUGUUCCUCUCUGACUAUGGAGUCGAUCACAUUUUGUUCGACCGCAAGAGCGUGGCCUCAGCUCUUCCAAAGGCACACUACCUCAAUCAGAGGACUAUGGAGACGUUUAGGCUGCAUGACAUGCACAGAGAAAUCCAGAAAAAGAGCUGUCCUCCCAGUCGAAUGAGUCAGGUUGCAUGGGCCACUUCACUCGGGGGCAAUGGGCACCUGGACAGAAAAGUCAUUCACCAAUUCCCAUGCUUUGGUGGCGAUGAUGGCGGUUUCAAGUCACAGGCAUACAAAAGAGACGGCCCAGAAGGAUCGGCCAAUCUUCCGCUUUGCAGAAUGGAACCUAUCUUACGGCGAAUGGCGGAAGAAAGGAAUCCUGGACGCAUCUGUUUCGGGUGUACAGUCGUCGAUUUUCAAGAUACUGGUGAGCGCGUCGAGGUUACUGUCCAAGACACAGCGGGAACCCUCUCAACUUAUCGAACGCAAUAUCUCAUUGGUGCAGACGGUGGACGCACCGUUGGGCAUAAGAUCGGUGUCACGAUGGAAGGUCGUACUGGAAUCACACAUAUGGCCUCUGUGCACUUCGAAGCAGACCUCUCCCAGUACUGGGACGAAACAUUUUUCGCCUGCCAUUUCAUAAACGGCGAAUGCGGAACAAUCUUUGAGAGCGGAGCCGUAGUCCCCAUGGGUCCGACCUGGGGCAGUCAACCUGAAGAAUGGGUCAUGCAUUUUGGUUUCGCAUUGGACGACGAAUCCAGGCACCAAGAGGACAAACUGAUACCUCGAAUCCGCGAUCUCCUCAAGAUUCCAGAUCUAGAGAUUAAAGUUCACAGAAUAAGUCAUUGGAUUAUCGAAAAGGUGGUGGCGGACAAGUACCGCGUUGGCAACGUUUUCAUUGCUGGUGAUGCUGCUCACCGACGUCCUCCAACCAUCGGGCUGGGCCUGAGUACGGCGAUAGAAGACGCAUUCAAUCUAUCUUGGAAGUUGGCAAUGGUCCUUAAGCACAACGUCGACACCAAGACCCUGGAUACUUAUGGGCUGGAACGACGACCAGUAGGCAAAAGAAACGCCGACUGGGGUCUGUUCACCUUCGAGAACUCCGCUGUAAUUUAUGCCGCUAUUGGCAUAGUUGCCGGACAUAAGGAGAACAACAAGUCCAGAUUCGAGGCAAUGUUUGAAGACUCUUUGACAGGGCGUAGUAUCCAAGCACAGGUCAAGAAGAUGAUUGAAUCGCAAAGCAUCGAAUUUGAGCACAUGGGAUCGAGCUUGGAUCCUCUCGGCCAGAAAAUCUUCCCGAUAACUCGACCCAGGCACCGUCUCCCUCAUGCGUGGUUGGUUUCGGACGGCCGAGUCAUCUCGACGCACGAUCUGGUAGGACCUAAAGGGUCAGUUUUGCUUCUGACUGAUGAAAAUGGGCUGGGAUGGGCGGCAGCUGCAAAGCGGCUGGUUCUUCGGUACAAGAUUCCUAUCCAGACCGCUCGAACUGGUGGAUCUCUGAGGGGCAUAACAGACCAGUGGAAGAGCGUUAAGCAACUCGAGGAUGGCGGUGAAAUUUUGGUGCGACCCGAUAAUUUCAUUGCUUGGAGAUCACGUGGCUCGUCGAAGGCGAAUGGUCAAGAGCUGGAGGCCUCGUUUGCUGCGCUGUUGGGGCUUUCGCAGCCAAUUUUUGAACCAAGACAGCUGCCAGUUGAUUGA